AUGAAAUAUUCCACUGAAACCAGACUUUACAUGACAAUCAGAUCAGCAGUAGUGACAGACACAGCAACUAUAUUUAUGAUAAAAAACAGAUCAAUGGAUUUGAAUGAUGUGUUUCAAACCGAUUCCUUUGGGUUGGAUGGGAUUGCAGGUUUGGCUCAGUUCCAGCAUGAUGGUUUACUUGAUGUACCAAGCAUCGGGGAUAUACCUGGAUUAAAUGGCAUAGAAGCAACAAACUUGGGCAGUCUGCUGAAACAGUUUGAAGAAGCUUCACAGUCCUUGGGUGACAAUGAUCCUACUCAACCAAGUCUAAACUUCAGCCCAAAAUCUAGCCAAGCAAGCAAUAAAACUCCAAGUCAACCAGUUUCCAGUACGUCUACAGCAGAGGGACUGGAGUUCUUCACAAAUGAAAAUGAUGAAAACUCUACACCUUCUAAACAUGUCAUUGAUAAAAUUCGUGCUGGAACAAAGAGAAAGUCAACCAUUAUGCUUCCGAUGGGAAUGCCUUCCAAAAGAGGCAGAGGGAGAGCAACAGCAAUGCCCGCUAAUUGUGCUCCUCUGAAACUGCAGCGAUUUGUGAACAUGCCUUCAGUCACACCAAAGUUACAAGGUUGCUCUGGGGACAACACUUCUGUCAAAGGUGUUUCCCUUCUCAAUAAUGCAAAUACUGCUAAAAUGACUAAGGAAGAUAACUCUGGUGAUAAAAAACCAAUAGAUACUAACCAUGAAGCUGUGGUUAAGUCAAGUAAAGAGUUAUCAAAGAAGGAAAAUGAUCAGUUAGAAAAAAAGAAGAAAGAUGACAAUUUAUCAAAGAAGGAAGAAAACAAAUUUGAAGUCAGCAAUGAUUACUUUGAUGAGAUCAUUGAUCAUGACUACUGUGCAAAUGUACCACUUAGGAUUUUAGACAGUGAAAUGAAGGAUGAGGUUCCGAUUGUAGCCGAAGAGAUAGUGGUCUGUGAUGAGGAGCGGGAUGAAGAUCUCGUCUCAAAUACAGAGGUGAUGGAGGAGGAUAUAGAUGAACUACUAGAAAAAGAUGUUGAUGAUGAUCUCAAAAAUAAUUCCACAUCAGUAUCAAAUGAGUCACGACGGAGUAAAUGUUCUGCUUUUGUUGAAAUUCUUAAGCGUGAAAACAUUAGUAAGAGGAACUAUCGCAAACACAACAUGGAUGUUGGAAGCAUAGAGAGUAAAGAAGCAGAGGAAGAGAAAUACUUUGAUAAAAUUCCAGCAUACUACACAGCUCUGUCGAUACCUAACAAGCCUGUAAAACAGGCAAAGGAGAUCACAUACAAACGCACUGCCUCAGGUCGUCGAGGUAUUACUGUGGAGGAUUACUUUGCCAGGAAUCCUUCCCCAAAAAGAGACCCUUCUUUGUACAACAAGCUGCCAGCUUACUACAGUUGUUUUACAAACAGUACUAAGUAUGAUAAUGCUGCUGGCAUAGAGAAGGGAAAUAACUCUGAAUGUUCUCAAGACAGUAAUAAAAUGUGUAGUAGUGGCUAUUCUAGUCGAAGUCAGACUCCGUCACUAGUCAUAGACUCUCGUCGGUGUUCAAGGUCACCCUCGGUGGCUUCAUCAAGAUCUCGAUCCUGCUCUCGCUCCCGCUCAAGGUCGUACUCAAGGUCGAGAUCAAGAGAAACUGUUAGGACUGAAAGAAAGAGAUCAUGGAGGAGGGAAAGAAGGCGUUCAUAUUCAUCUAAUUCUGGGUCAAGUUCUAGGUCACCAUCUUCAUCAAGGUCAUGGUCAAGAUCACCUUCUAGGUCACGUUCAAGGUCUUGGAGCUCCAGAUCAAGAUCUAGGUCAAGGUCAAGGUCCUUCCAUGAUGGAUCAAGAUCAAGGUCACACUCAGGAGAAAGAACACACAGAGGUGUAAGUCCUUCACAAAUAAGAAGAAGAAUGGAACAGAGAGAAUUACGUGAAAAAGAGAAAAACAAACAGAUGGAGGAGCGACGAAUCAUCUAUGUUGGCCGAAUACCAAGUGAUUAUACAAGACGUGACAUGAGAAGAAGGUUUCAGAGAUUCGGGGAGAUAGAACAUGUACAGCUGCACUUCAGAGAGCAUGGUGAUAAUUAUGGCUUUGUGACAUUUUCCUACACCUGUGAUGCCUAUGCUGCGAUAGAGAAAGGUAAUGAUUUUCAAGAUGGCCCACCAUUUGAGCUUUGCUUUGGUGGUCGUAGGAAGUUCUGUGAGACGGAAUAUGAAGAUUUAGAUGGAGAUAUUGAAUUGAUGGAGGAAUUAAAUCCACUACAGAGUCUGAAUUCAAAUAAACCUCUGGACUUUGAUCAGCUUCUUCAACAAGCUAAGAAGAAAAUUGGAAAAUCCUCUUGAUAUUGGACAUGUUAGGACUGACAACUGGUGAUGAAUGAUGGUUAAUCCUGUAUGAUGUUGGAGAAUGUCGAAAUUGUUGAUGUUAAUGAAUGGUGAUGGAAGAAAACAUGAUUGGUGAUUUCUGAUAGUUUUUAUGUGAUUCUGAUUUCUGAUAUUGUGAUAGUACACAGUAACUUCUACGUAAUGAGAUUGAAUUGAAUUUUUUGUGAAAACAUGUUCCGGUGAAUAAGUUUUGGUUAAUGAAUCAGGAAAAUAAGAUUUGUGAAUAUCAAGUGUUUGACUGUGUGUACAAGAGAAAUGUUUGCCAUCUUUAAUGACCAAAUCACCAAGAAUCAACAUUUUAUAGUUUAAUGUAUGUAGCAGUUCAUCUUCUGGGGUUCAGGAUACCUUGUUACAUUCUGUGUUCUCCAUUGUGGUGUUUUGAGUCCUCUUUCAAAAGAAGCAGGCCAAAAAAAAAUAUUGACAACCAGCUGUAGACAAUAGCUUCUUGGGUUGAUGUUAAAUGGAAUCUUUUCAUAACAAAUUAUAGUUCUUAAGGAU